UAUGAGGAGGACACAGUGAGAUGGCUGCCUAGAAACCAGAAAGAGGCCUUACCAGGAACCAGACUUGACGUGUGCGCACCAUUAAAGGGUGAAGGAACUUCAUCGUUUGCCUUUUUCUGAGAUGGCUCAAGGUUCAGUAGUCCUUGCUUCUGAUUAUCUGUUUUGGAUGCGGAAGCUUUCUGAAUGGGGCCAGGCCUCCACUUUGGAAACCCAGCAAGAUACCUGUCUGCACCUGCCUCAGUUCCAGGAGUUCCUGAGGCAGAUGUAUGAAGCCUUAAAAGAGAUGGAUUCUAAUACAAUCAUUGAAAGAUUUCCCACAAUUGGUCAACUAUUGGCCAAAACUUGCUGGAAUCCUUUUAUCUUAGCAUAUGAUGAAAGCCAAACAAUUCUAAUAUGGUGCUUAUGUUGUUUGAUUAACAAAGAGCCACAGAAUUCAAGAGAAUCAAAACUUAACUCCUGGACACAGGAUUUGUUGUCUUACAUACUUUCAGCAUUCAGAUUUGAUAUAAAAGAAGUCGGUCUUUUCACUCAAGGUCUUGGGUAUGCGCCUGUAGAUUACUAUCCUGGUUUGCUUAAAAAUAUGGUUUUAUCAUUAGCGUCUGAACUCAGAGAGAGUCAUCUUAAUGGAUUUAACACUCAAAGGCGAAUGGCUCCCGAACGAGUAAUGUCCCUGUCUCGAGUUUGUGUCCCACUUGUUACUGUGCCGGAGUUGGAACCCCUGGUGGAGGCUCUGCUCACCUACAGUGGAUGUGAACCUCAGGAAAUCCUCUGGCCCGAGUUCUUUGAAGCUGUAAAUGAAGCCUUUUUGCUGAAGAAGAUUUCUCUCCCCACAUCGGCUGUAGUCUGCCUCUGGCUUCGGCACCUUCCCAGCCUUGAAAAAGCAGUGCUACAUCUUUUUGAAAAGCUAGUCUCCAGUGAGAGAAAUUGUCUGAGAAGAAUCGAACACUUUAUAAAAGAUUCAUCGCUGCCUCAAGCAGCCUGCCACCCUGCCAUAUUCAGAGCCGUUGAUGAAGUGUUCAGGUACGCGCUCCUGGAAACCGAUGGAGCCCCAGAAGUGCUGGCCACCACUCAGGUGUUCACACGAUGCUUUGUAGAAGCUCUGGAAGAAGAAAACAAGCAGCUGAAGUUUGCACUGAAGACCUACUUUCCCUACGCUUCCCCGUCUCUUGUCACGGUGCUAUCGCAACACCCUAAAGACAUCCCGCAGGGACACCAGCACCAAGCACUGCAGCACAUUUCUGAGCUGCUCAGAGAAGAAGUUGAAGACCAGACUCAUGGGUGCUGUGGCGGUCACUUUGACAGCUGGUUCUUGGUGGCUCACUUCGGAGGCUGGGCUGACCUGGCAGCUGAGCAGUUGCUGCGGGCGGAGGCAGAGCCCCCUGCCUCCCUGCUGGCGUUCCUGGCGUUCUACUACAGCCCGUGCGAUGGGAGCCAGCAGAGGGCACACACCAUGGUGGAGGUGGGGGCUGUGCUCAGCCGCCUCCGGAAGCUGUUAACAAGUGCCACCCUCUCAUCCAGGGACCUGCAGGUGGCAGCUGGGGAGCACACAGCUGCAGAGCCCAGGCUGCCUGUGCAUCACCAGCUCAUCAGGCUCCUCCUCCUCCACUUCCUGCUCUGGGCUCCUGGAGGCCACACAAUCGCCCGGGAAGCUGUCACCUGUAUGGCGCAUUCUGAUGAGAUAACCCGUGAGAUCGUCGCCUUUCUUGACCGUACAUUAUACAGAUGGGACGACCUUGGCAUGGAAGCCCCAAGGUCACGAAAACUGGCUGGAGAGCUCCUUCAAGGGCUGCGCGCUCAAGUCCAACAAGGAAUGUAGACCGUGAGGGGGAUCGGGCCUCUGAGGCCACAGGACGAUAGGUGGGACCCCUUCCAUGGCCUCAAGUGUAUGGAAUAAGUGCCCUCUUUGAAAGAUCUAGGAGUGUACACGUUACAGAU